AAACUUCAGGUAUUAUGUUUAAUUUCUUUAUUUUUUUUAUUACUUUUUAUUUUUUCUCUUUCCUUAUAUUUAUUUUUCUUUAUUUUGUGAUAGGAAAUGCUACUAACAAAAUUGUCAUAGGAUGGCAUGUUCAUCCAAGAUUAUAUAAUGAUGAUGAGACACACUUCUUUUCAUUAUGGACUUCGGAUAACUUCAAAUCAGGAUGCUACAAUAUGAUGUGCCCGGGUUUUAUUCAAACAGACCGUUCAUACUUUCUUGGCUCACGCUUAACUAAAACAACAAUGUAUGGAAGUGAAUAUACGGUUGAAUUGUCAAUUUCUCUUUUUCAGGAUGCAAAUUCUCAAAAUUGGUGGUUGAAGGUGGAAGAUAAGGCAAUUGGAUAUUUUCCGGCAUUGUUGUUUUCUAACUUGACGAAAGCGGAUCAAGUGGGAUGGGGUGGCAUAGCAAUGACUCCAGUUGGUGUUCCUAAGCCUCCAAUGGGAACAGGACAUUUUCCAGAUGAUGAUAGUCUAUUAAUACAUGCUUGUUAUUUAAGGGAUGUUGCAUUUCAAAAUGCAUCUAGACAAGAAGACUAUCCUCAGUUAUAUUCGACACAACUUUACCAAAAUGCGCCAUGCAAUUGCUACCAUGUUGGUAUUUACGAAUUUCCCGAAAAUUCCGAUCAAUUUGGAGGAUUUGCUGGAAGUUUCAUUCAAUUCGGAGGACCAGGUGGUGAUUGUGGAAAUGACAACUUUUUUAAAUUAUUUGGUUUAGUUUGUGUGAUUAUAAUAAUGGUGUUUGUGAUAAAUUUUUUUCUGAUAUGUCUAAGAGCAUACUUACACAAAUCAAGUGGUUCUUGUUGUGAUGUUGUCGCUGGGAAGUUAUAA